AUGACCAACGAGCAGUCCGAACAAAGAAAAAGCAAACGCUUGGCGGGUAAGGACGACCCCUCCACCACCAGCGUCCAGGGCCGUCCGCUCCAGCUGCUAACGCGUCCCCAAGGUGCAGCCUCUGUCUGGGACGAGAAGGAUGGCGACUUUCACUUCACGCGCACGGCCAAGCGGGUCAAGACGGCGCAACCCGCAGACGAGCCCGAACCCGAAUCCGCACCCGCACCAGCACCGGCAAAGAAGUCCUCAAGGGGGCGAUCCCAGCCCAAGGAACGCGCGCCUUUGACCCAGCAGUCCGAGGUGCCGGCAGCAGCGCCAGCAACCAAGGCGACAUCCAAGACGGCCGUGCCGGAGAGGAGGAGGACGUCGCGUCGCAACGCCAGCCUAGACCCCGCGCCUGCGGAGGAGGUGGCGAUUGUGCAGCCAAAACGGGCGACGCGACGGAGCACGCGUCACUCGACCGACAGAAUCGAAGAGCAGCUACCAGCACCGAAACCAACCGCCAAAACGACGUCCAAGAUCGCGACGAAGGCCGCGCCCAAGAGGAAACACCAGCAGGUCGAUGCGCCAGAGGACGCGCCGGAGGAGGUGGCAGGGCAGCAUACGCCACGGGCCGUGGACGACUCGGUCGAGUCGGCCAAGAUCACAUUGCCGGUCAGCGACACGCCGGUGAUCAAUCGCAACAAGGAGAUGCGCAAAAAGGGCGGGGGGACGCGUCGGAGCAGUCUGGGCAUGAGGGGGCGGCGGGCGAGUUCCCUCAUCGAGAGCGGCCACAAUGCAAUACCGCAUCGCGAGGUCGCCACCUCGGAGUUCUACAAACACAUCGAGGCCGAGGGGCUGAGCGAGCCGCGCCGGAUGAAGCAGCUUCUGACGUGGUGUGGCGAGCGGGCGUUGCUGCCAAAGCCACCACAUGGCUCGGCAAACGCGCACAUUGUCAACGGAGCACGAGCGAUACAAGAACUGCUACUAAAAGACUUUGCGAAUAAGUCGGAAUGCUCUGACUGGUUCGCGAGGGAAGACGCGCCACGAGCUCCCGUCGUCCUCCAGCCAAACCCGCGAAAUCUAGAACAUCAAGAAAAGAUCGACCAAUUGGAGCAAAAGGUCAAACGACUAAAAGAGGAGAAAAAGAAAUGGCUGUCGCUCAAAAAGACGCCGAUACCAGACAUUAGCCCUUUGUUCCCCGAACAGCCAGCAGACUCAGCACAAAAGCAGCCUGUCGUCCUCCCAGACCUGAAAUCCCUCGAAGCCAACGAGGCGCAGAUGCUCAACUACCUCACGGACCCGGCCACAUCGUUUGACGGACAUCGAAAGGCAGUGCAAACACGGCUCCUCCGCGUACAGUCGAGCCUUGAGUUCAAGAUCGAUCAGCUCGCCGACAGCGUCCACAAGCUGCUCCAACGAGUUGACACGGCGGGACGCGAAGCGGACAAGGUCCUCGCGCUGAGCGCGAAACGCCUCAAGGAGCGCGAGCACCGGGAGAAGAGCGCGUCAAGGACCAGGGAGAUGCCCGCCAUGGAGGUGCUCAGAAGCUUGGGGCGGUUGCUCCCACCCGAGAAUGAGGGGUAA